GAAAAUCAGCCUGACAAAAUGACAGACGACAAUUUCCUCAAACUCAUUGAGACCAACAUGUUGAAUGACCUGACAUUACAAGGAUUCAACAACAUUUCAAAAGUGUACAUGGUGCAGCCAACGACAGACGACAAGAAACGCAUCAUCAUUGACGAAAAAGGU